GAUGAGGUCAUUGUGGCUUCUUCUUCUUCUUGUUUCUCAUGUCUUCUUCAACCUCCGGCUCUCAUUUGCAGCCUCAGAUCCCAUUAAUCAAUCUCUUCUCCAAUGCUUAAGCCAAUCAAUCCCCGCCGACGAAGCUUCCUCCAUCAUUUACUCUAACUCCAACCCUUCCUAUUCUUCCAUUCUUCGUGCAUACAUUCGCAACGCCCGUUUCAACACAUCGUCCACCCCGAAACCGCUCAUCCUCAUCACCCCAUCGGAAGAAUCCCACGUCUCCGCCGCCGUCACAUGCGCCCAGAGGCUCGGUUUCCGUCUCAGAAUCCGCAGCGGCGGUCACGACUUUGAAGGGCUUUCCUACGUCUCCGACGAGCCGUUUUUCGUCCUCGACAUGUUCAAUCUCCGUUCCGUAACACUAGACAUGGCAGAUGAAUCAGCUUGGGUCGACGCCGGUGCGACGCUCGGUGAACUUUAUUAUAACAUAUGGAAGAACAGCAAAGUCCAUGGCUUCCCGGCGGGUGUCUGUCCCACCGUCGGCAUCGGCGGACAUAUAAGCGGCGCCGGGUACGGCACCUUGAUUAGGAAGUACGGCCUGUCGGUGGAUCACGUCGUGGACGCGAAAUUGGUUGACGUCAACGGGAGAAUACUUAACAGAAAAAACAUGGGGGAGGAUCUCUUUUGGGCGAUAAGAGGCGGCGGAGCAGCCAGUUUUGGGGUGGUUUUAUCCUAUAAAAUAAACCUCGUCCCCGUACCGGAGACUGUCACCGUUUUCAGAGUCGAAAGAUUAUUAGCCGAAAACGCCACCGAUAUAACACUCAAAUGGCAAUCGGUUGCUCCGACGACCGACGAUAAUCUGUUCUUGAGAAUGCUCGUACAACCGGUGACUAGAAACAAGAAAAAAACUGUGAGAAUCACUGUAAUCGCUUUUUAUCUGGGGGAUUCCGAUUCUCUGGUGAGCCUUUUAAACAACGAUUUCCCAGAGUUGGGUAUUGCAAAAGAGAAUUGUAACGAAACGAGUUGGAUCGACUCAGUCCUCUGGUGGGCAAAUUUUGAUUUGGGGACUCAGCCAAAAACUUUACUCGACAGGGAUCUAAACGAUGCCAAUUUCUUGAAGAGAAAAUCAGAUUAUGUGCAGACGCCAAUUCCCAGAAAUGGGUUGGAAUCAUUAUGGGAGAAAUUGAUGGAAUUAGGCAAAGUCGGGUUAGUUUUCAAUCCUUAUGGUGGUCAAAUGAACCGAAUCAAAUCAGACGAGUCGCCAUUUCCACAUCGAGCUGGUAACUUGUUCAAGAUUCAGUACUCCGUUAACUGGGAACAACCUGGGGACGAAGAGGACAAGAACUUCACGACACAAGCAAAGAUUCUGCAUGAAUUUAUGACACCAUUUGUGUCGAGGAAUCCGAGGAGUGCUUAUUUGAAUUACAGGGACAUUGAAGUGGGAAGGACAAAGAAGUGGAGCUACGAGGAAGGGAAAGUGUAUGGUGAGAGUUAUUUUAAUGGGAAUUAUGAGAGACUUGUUGAUGUCAAAACUGCUGUUGAUCCAAACAAUUUCUUUAGGAAUGAACAGAGUAUACCUCCUCGAUCGCGUUAGAUUUACAACAUUCUUCCUU